GCAGGGAAAGGGCAGGAGGGGAGAAAUGGCUUACUGUAGCAUGGACGAGCUUUAACCGUUAAUGCCUGAAGUAGUUUGCUGCGAUUCGAGACACAGAGUUAAACUCGGGAGACUGCUUUAGGAGGAGAUGGAGGUGUAGAUGGGAGUCUAAAGACUAGUUCUACACUUGUAUACUGUACUAUUCAGGGCGCCGAAAGCGGUUAAGAUAGCGGGAGAGAUCCGGGGGUGAGUGGCAGAUCCUGAUUGGAGUUGACAACCUCCACUCUUCCAGCCCCUUUUUUCCCCUCCCAAACCAGGAAAUUGAGUUUGUACAGCGAGAAGAGAAUCCCGUUCAGCCCUUCGGUGGCAGGAUAGAUGAGGAAGUGCUCGUUAUCGGCAUUGUUUUGUUCACUUUUCUCGCUUUGGGACUCGGAGCAGCUGAACAAUGAGUGAGCUGAGUGUAUGCAGCGCGAGGGCCACAGUGAUGGUGUAUGAUGAAACUGGAAAGCGCUGGGUGGCGGCUGGCACCGGCGCUCAGGUGAUCAGUCGUGUUCAAAUCUACCACAACCCUACCACCAACAGCUUCAGGGUAGUGGGGAGGAAGAUGCAGCCUGAUCAGCAGGUGGUGAUGAACUGUCCAAUUGCAAAAGGACUGAAAUACAAUCAGGCCACGCCCAAUUUCCAUCAGUGGCGAGAUUCGAGGCAAGUUUGGGGUCUAAACUUCAGCAGUAAGGAGGAUGCUACACUCUUCGCCAAUGGCAUGAUGCAUGCACUGGAAAUGCUCAGUGGAGACGGAGGAUUUUCUGCAAGCCCUCGUAUGAUGUCAAAUGGACCGACACAGGAGGAGCUGGAUCAGCAAAGAAGAUUGGAACAACAGAGACUGGAGCAACAGGAAAGAGAAAAACUAGAAAGGGAAAGACUUGAAAGAGAGAGACUAGAGAGAGAAAGACUGGAGAGAGAGCGACAAGCUGCUUCAGUGAUGAUUCCUCCUGCUCCUCCUCUUGCACCCGGAGGCCCACCAGCUCCUCCUGCUCCACCUCCUCCACCCGGUCCCCCUCCCUCUUUUGGAGGUGCACCCCCACCCCCACCAGGGCCCCCACCUUCUGGUGGAGGUGCACCACCUCCUCCAGCACCACCCCUACCCUCUCCUUCAAGUGGGGGAGAUGGAGGGGGUUUAGGGGGAGGAGGACUUGCUGCUGCUCUUGCUGGAGCAAAACUACGCAAAGUCGCCAAGACGGAUGAAGGUGGUACAGCAGCUCCUGCUGCUGCUCCUGCUCCUGCUAAACCUGAUUUGAGCCGCUGUAGUGGGUCUGGGUCUAGUGGAGGAGGUGGAGGGCUGAUGGGAGAGAUGAGUGCCAUACUUGCAAGACGGAGGAAAGCGGCAGACAAAGGGGAGAAAGCUCCUCCGGCCCCAAAGGCAGAAGAGCCCAGUAAUGACGAUUCCGAGUCCCAAGGCCAAAGCGACACGUUACGGAGGCCGUGGGAGAAGUCUGCCACCAUCCCCAGGAAUAACUCUGUUACCCGAGGUCUGGAGUCACCUGCCUUCACUGCUCUGACUCCCAGGCUAAAAGCAGGCGUGUCAUCGAAUGAGGCUGAGAGUGGAGAUGAUUCGGAACUGGAUAGAGUCAAACAGGAGCUGCUGGAGGAAGUGAGGAAAGAGCUGCAGAAAGUCAAGGAGGAAAUUAUUGGAGCAAUCAUUCAGGAGUUACAGAGAAGAAGCACAUAGUGUCUCUCUCUCUCUCUCUCUCUCUCUCUCUCUCUCUCUCUCUCUCUCUCUCUCUCUCUCUCUCUCUCUCUCUCUUUCUUACACACACUCUCUUACAAAUGCAAAUAUAUGCAGGGACUUAAUCCAUUUAGCCUCAUUUUCAUUUGAAAUCAUCCAGUCUUUAUUUUAAUUCCCCCAUUGUUAUCUUAUCAACGCUGUCAUUAUUAUCAUUGCCAUUUCUCAGAAAAGUUUACACAUCGUUUUUUUGGGUGUUAAUGAAAAAUUUAUAUAAUUAACACCAGUUACUGUAAAAGCUCAGUGGGUGCACACACACACACACACAUACACACACAGCAACAACACCAGAGUCGCACUCAUGUGCAGGUAGGAAGUAAAUGCACGACUCAUAAUCACUCUAACUGGGUCUGUGUUGUGCUACAAAUUGAGGUGUACAGCCAAUUGCAAGACUGCGUACUGCUCCUAAAGAGCACCACUAAUUUCUAUGUCCUGUAAAUAUGCGUAGGCAUCAGUGCCGUAGUGAAUUGUUUUAUGGAACUAGCAAGCAGGUGAGGUAGCUUGAGUUAGAAGUAUUUCCUCAGUUCAGGGUUCAAACUGCGCACUAUGCACUCUAUUCUUACACUAUGUAGUCCUUUUAUCAGGCAGGAACACAAAUCAAACACUAGUGCUUCCCACUAAACGUGAAUAACACUUCAUGAUGCUAAGCUGUGCCGGAAAACAGCUGCACAUUUUAAAACCCACCCCAAGUCUUUUCUCCUCCUCGUAUGUGUGGCGUGAUGGAAUUUUUGAUGGCCAUUUAUAAAAACUGUAAACCAUAAAAGGCCUCCAAUGGCUGUGCGUCUUCCACUGCAGAGAGCAGACUGCAAACCACCAAGCAUUAAAAGUAUGCAGCAUGUUGUUUCUGAUCAGUCCUAGUACAUCGUUCAGGUAUUAAUAGUACACUACAUCUCACUGAUGUUCCCAGUGUGCACUACGCAGUACACAAUCUUACAUUUGAAAAACCACAGAUUUCUAAUGAAUAACUAUAUAUUAGUGGCCUAUUGGAGUAGAUAGAUAUUAUAUAAUAGUUGGCCAUGUAGGCAGCCUUGGAGGGUAGUUUUUUUUACAUCACUGUUUGAUGCAGAUACUCAGUUUGUGUAACUCGUGGCCUAAAAUAGAGUUUGAUACUCUGAUGAGCCUGGUGUUUUCUAGACAGACAUAUUUGUAUAAAGUUGAGACUGUUUGUCUUUGUACAGCCAUUUAGACUCUCAGGAUAGUGAUAUGAUUUAGUCUUUACAUAUUUUCUUUCAGCAAACACUUCUAUCCAGAGCAGCUUAGAGUGACACGGUGAACACUAGAGGAAUGAUAAGAGAGUCCGACUUGUGUCGAGAGAUCAGAGGCAGCGUGUAGAAACAAUCGCUGGAGUACACAGAGGGUUCUAAAUUUUUGUCCCCUAGCAGUCUAGCUAGACAGUUCUCAAACACCAACAAUAGUGGAGUAGGUACACUGUUACUCUAAUGAGUUGAUGGAUAGAGACACACACCCACACACAGUCGCUCUGGGAUUUAUUGAUUGAAUUACAUAAAAUAAACACACUAAACCAGGCACCUUUUGCCUCCUGAGCACAAUCGCACAGUCGCUAUGCAAAGCUUCAUUCAAUUGUAAUCGCAAAAAAAAAAAACAAAAAAAAAACCAACAUUUCAAAAGAACCAAAUUUAAAUAAUCAAUUGGAGUUGACUCCGAUUCCACGUGUUGAAGGAGUUGUUCCACACAGUCUUUUUGGUUGCAUGUCUUUGACGAUGAACUCGAGCUUUUUUUUUGUUUGUUUAAUGCUUGAAUAAACUUACGCUAACAUUUACCUAUAUUUAAACAUG